AUGUUAUCCUUUAUAAUAAUACCCUUGCUAGCUGGCCUCGCCGUACCAGUGACAGCAACCGCAGCAGGAACGACAGCAUGCACGAAUAUAACAUCCCAACUGGGCUCAGCCAAAGUCAACACUAACCAAUUGAGCCAAAAUUACACCAACAGCCUCGAAUACUGGAACACAAUCCAAGACGACUAUAAACCAUCCUGCAUCAUUUUCCCCGGCUCCGCCCAAGAUGUCUCUAUAUCGCUACAAGCAAUUCGCGCCGCAGGAAGCCGCUUCGCAAUCAAAGCCGGUGGCCACAAUCCCAACACAUUCUUCUCCUCCGUCCAGGCAGGUGUCCUGCUUGAUCUAAGUAGCAUGACCGCCAAAUCUUACGACACGGAGACCACUCUCGCAACGUACGAGCCAGGCGGCGUCUUCGGCGAUGUGUACGAGUACUUCGCCCAGUGGAACCGUACAGUCGUCGGCGCCCGUCUUUCAGGUGUGGGAACAGGUCUUGCUCUGGGCGGUGGAAUGAGCUACCUAUCCCCGCAAUACGGACUCGCCUGUGAUUCAUUCCGUGAACUGGAAAUCGUGCUGCCCGACGGACAGAUCGUGACGGCAUCUUCCGAGAAGAAUCCUGAUCUCUUCUUCGCCUCGCGCGGCGGAGGCGGUAAUGCCUACGGCGUUGUGACAAAGUACACAGUUCAGAGCCGGCCGAUUGGCGAGUUCUGGGCUGGUAAUUUGAUCUACGUUGCCGACCAGCGGGACGUCGUGAUUGAGGCGAUUGGCAACUUUGUUAAAUACAAUACCGAUCCCAAGGCUGCGAUCAUCGGUACUUAUGAGAAAUUGCCACUCCCGGAUUUGAAUCUUAAUCUGGAUGAGGCAAUUAUCAUGUUCCUUGUCUACGACGGGCCGAACCCGGGUGAUGCGUUUAAGAACUUCACUGAUAUCAAAGCUUUAAUUGAUACGACGGGUAUCAAGAGCUACAACGAUGUCGUCAAUAUGCCUGUUCCGAUGGCGACGGAAAUUUCUCGUGGCGCGAAUAUGUUCCGUGUCGGCGUUCAUCGUCCAGAGAACAAUUCGUACGGUACCGCGCUCGAUAAGUGGCGGACUUGGGCUGAAGACAAUAAGGGGAGCUACGAGCUUCUUUCGUUGGAUUUCCAGCCCAUUCCGAAGAGUCUUACGGAUGCUAGUAAGGCUCAAGGUGGAAAUGCGAUGCAAAUGCCUGAUGGACCGUAUUUUUGGUUGAACUAUCUCAUUACCACGCCAUUUGGAAUGAGUAAAGCCAAGUAUGAUGCCGUGCAGGCUAGUUAUCGGGACAUGAUCAAGGAUACGGGUAAUGCGGAGGGACUACCUUUGUUUAUCAACGAUGCGAAUUAUGAUCAGAAACCACUGCAGACCUUUUCGACUUUUGAGAAAUUGCAGGCGAUUAAGAAGAAGUAUGAUCCGGAUAACUUCUUUGCGGAUUAUACUGGAGGUUGGUCAUUUGCUUGA